CUGGAUGCUCAGCAGCUGUGUGAUGUUACUCUACUUGUAGAGGGGAAGAAGUUCAUGUGUCACAGGAUUACUCCUCACCUCUCAGCAGCAGCUCUUCAGAGGCAGAGACAACGACCACAACCCUGAACCUGGAUAUAAGCAGCAGCAGUACAGACACUUUGUUUACUGAUAGCAUGAUUUAAGCAGCAGCAGUACAGACACUCUGUUUACUGAUAGCAUGAUUUAAGCAGCUAAGCAGCAGCAGUACAAUACAGACACUUUGUUUACUGAUAUCAUGGAUUCAAGCAGCAGCAGUACAGACACUCUGUUUACUGAUAGCAUGGAUUCAAGCAGCAGCAGUACAGACACUCUGUUUACUGAUAGCAAUGAUUUAAGCAGCAGCAGUACAGACACUCUGUUUACUGAUAGCAAUGAUUUAAGCAGAAGCAGUACAGACACUUUGUUUACUGAUAGCAUGAUUUAAGCAGCAGCAGUACAGACACUUUGUUUACUAAUAGCACGGAUUCAAGCAGCACCAGUACAGACACGUUGUUUACUGAUAGCAUGGAUAUAAGCAGCAGCAGCAGUACAAACACUCUGUUUGCUGAUAGCAAUGAUUUAAGCAGCAGUACAGACACUUUGUUUACUGAUAGCAUGAUUUAAGCAGCAGCAGUACAGACACUUUGUUUACUGAUAGCAUGAUUUAAGCAGCAGCAGUACAGACACUUUGUUUACUGAUAGCAUGGAUAUAAGCAGCAAUAGUACAAACACUCUGUUUGCUGAUACAUGGAUAUAGGCAGCAGCAGUACAGACACUCUGUUUACUGAUAGCAUGAUUUAAGCAGCAGCAGUACAGACCCUCUGUUUACUGAUAACAUGGAUUCAAGCAGCAGCAGUACAGACCCUCUGUUUACUGAUAACAUGGAUUCAAGCAGCAGCAACAGUACAGAUACUCUGUUUACUGAUAGCAUGGAUACAAGCAACAGCAGUACAGACACUUUGUUUACUGAUAUCAUGGAUUCAAGCAGCAGCAGUACAGACACUCUGUUUACGUAUAGCAUGAUUUAAGCAGCAGCAGUACAGACACUUUGUUAACUGAUAAAAUGAUUUAAGCAGCAGUAGUACAGACACUCUGUAUACUGAUAGCAUGAUUUAAGCAGCAGCAGUACAGACACUCUGUUUACUGAUAGCAUGGAUUCAAGCAGCAGCAGUACAGACACUCUGUUUACUGAUAGCUUGGAUAUAAGCAGCAGCAGUACAGACACUCUGUUUACUGAUAGCAUGGAUAUAGGCAGCAGCAGUACAGACACUUUGUUUACUAAUAGCAUGGAUAUAAGCAGCAGCAGUACAAACACUCUGUUUGCUGAUAGCAUGGAUAUAGGCAGCAGCAGUACAUACACUUUGUUUACUGAUAGCAUGGAUAUAAGCAGCAGCAGCAGUACAGACACUUUGUUAACUGAUAGCAUGGAUAUAAGCAGCAGCAGUACAGACAGUCUGUUUACUGGUCAUUUCAAGCUGCUGUGUUUGGAAAAUAAGGCAUAAUAUCCUGAUCUCACAUACACUGACUUCAGACUGCACUACCUAAUGUAGAAAAAAAUAAAACUCUUAUAGCCAGAUGUAAAUUUAUAGAAUUAAUUAUACUUUAUAUUGUUUUGUUUUAAUUAUUUAAUUCAGUAAAUACAGUAAGCUUUUUUCUACAUGUUCUUACUUUUUGCUGUUAACCACAAUUGUUUUACCAAUAUUUAUUUCAGAAUUUGGGCAUUGAGAAAUCAAACUUUGUUAUGGAUAUUAACUUCUUUUCAAUCACUUUGUGUCUUUCUUACUAUGACUACAGUCUAGUGGCAAAGAAAAAUAUUGUGAAAAGUAUGCAAAUGGAUGUAAUCUAAAUGUACACCAAGUCUUUCACAUAAUGCAAAAAGUCAGCAACCACUUGUAUGAUAAUAAAUGAUCCCUCUCAAAAACAAUGACUGCUGUAUCUACAGAAGCAAGUGGUACAUGGAAAAUUCAAUGCAUCAGGCUUGUCUAAAUGUUCUUUAGCAUUGUGAGGACGCAGGAGAGGUUUUCUUCCAUGAAGACCAUAUUUGUGCAGGUGUCGGUUGAACAGUUGAACAGUGUACCACAACUCCAGUGUCUGCCAAGUUUCCCUGGACGUCUCUUGCAGUCAAGCAGGGAUCCUACGAGCAGUUCUCUCUGAUAUUCUUCUUGGUCGUCCAGACCUUGUUUUCCUGUUAACUGCCAUUUCUUAAUUACAUUCCGAUCAGAGGAAAUUGGUACCUGAAAAUGCCUUGCUGGCAUCAAUAAUUUUCAGUUUCAGAAAGCAGCUUUGAAUGGUCAUCAAGACUUGAAACACAUGUAAAAUUCAGACCAUCUUCAGACCUGAAAACCUCUACGCAUUUUGACUACGCGAAACGGGAAUGGCGGCGUUCAGUUCGUCUGUGUAUGUCCACCAGUGCAGCAACCCACAGGCUAACUUUAGCAACUUUAGCCUGCUGGAAAAAGACAACUUCAACCAAUCAUUGUGAGUGUAGCAAAUGUAGAGCCGGCGAGACGCCAAAUUGCAAGUGACGAAAUCGGUUUAUCCCUCUCUGUCCAUCUUGAAAGUCUCGCUGGUUUUCGACGGGAGGAUGGUGCUGAACCUGGACCUGGUCUGAGAAUGUGAAAUUGUGAAGAGCGUUAAUUUUAAUUACAGAAAUGGGAACUUCUGGAUGAAAUUUAACGUUAAUGACCACUUUAACGCCACAAUUCAAGAAAUGUAACACUAAUAAGAUCUUUUAGGUCCUUUAUUCGUCCUGCAGUGAGGACAUUUACAGUAAUGGCAGAAAGCAGCGAUAGGCUGCCACACAGGAGACACCUGCAGCCUGUUUCCAAUGUGUGCCCUAGGACAGAAACAGAUCAGGAACAGUUUCACGCAAGAAAUAAUACUAGAGAAACAAUACGGAGAGUGUGUGAGAGUUAGUGAACCUAAACAGAAGACAAUAUGUAACCCCCUGUUGAAUAUCUGUAAGCAUCUGAGCGAUGCAUAUUAAUUAUGUAUCUUGCAGUUUUAAUAUUGAACUGAAUACCACAGAAAAUGCUACCUUUUAUACUCCUCUCUUUGUCCUCUCCUCAGAGUCCUCUUGGCUGCUGUGAGUCCCUACUUCCGGGCCAUGUUCACCAGCCCUCUGGUGGAGUCCCGUCUCACAGAGAUCCGUCUGGAAGAGGUGACGCCAUCUGUCAUGGAGACUGUCAUCCAGUUUGUUUACACUGGUGAAGCGGGGCUCUCUCUGGACACGGCUGAGGAUCUGUUUGUGGCGGCCAACCGGCUUCAAGUCAUGCCCCUUCAGGACCUGUGUUCCAGGUUUCUGUUUGAGCACCUCUCAGUAGAUAACUGCCUGGGGAUGUACUCUCUGGCGCGGUCUCACCACGACCAACUGCUGCUGCGUGCCUCCCUCCGGCUGGUUGCCCAGCACUUCCCCCGGGUUGCGCGGCAGAAAGACUUUCUUUUACUUGACCAUGGCACUUUAGGAAGCCUUCUCAGUUCAGACCGCCUGGGUGUGGACUCUGAGGCCGAGGUAUAUGAUGCAGCACGUCGCUGGGCAGAGCACCAGCCCUUGGACCGCUACGCUCACAUGCCUGCACUGCUUCACCACCUGCGGCCGGGGCUGCUGUCCCAAGAAGAGAGCCGAAGACUGAGCCAGGAGUUGGGACCCGCUGCAGCAGGUGAGGGCCUUGGGGGGCCCCUGAGACCACGGGAGGGAAUGUUUGAGAAAAAGAUAGUCUGCGUGGACUUGACACCCCGGGAAGAUGAGAAUUUAGCCUCAAGAGACUACACAGUGGACUGCUUUGAUCCUCGAACAGGGAAGUGGGAGAAGUUGGCAGCACUGGGAUCCCUUGUCAGUCCGGGCUGCACUGCAAUGGGUGACCGGCUGUUUGUAGCUGGUGGAAUCCUGCGGACAGGCUCUGUGUCUUCAGCCGUGCAUGAAUAUGAUGCUGUUUUGGACCAUUGGAUAGAGCGACCAUCAAUGGUCCAGCCCAGGGCCAUGCUCGGUCUGCUGGGCUGUGGAGAGUCCCUCUAUGCUUUGGGUGGCAGUAACCGCUCGGCCCUGUUGGACUCAAGUGAAACCUUGGAGCUGUCGACACUACAGUGGAUUCCGGGGCCUCGGCUGCCGCUCCCGCUGCGUGCCUUUGCCUGUGCAGCAUUACGUGGCCGACUCUACCUUCUGGGUGGAACCACGCUAGAACAGAACCGGGCUGUAGUCCACUCAGGAGUGCUUAUUUAUCACACCCUAACUGACUGCUGGACACGUGUGGCUCUGGAAUCCGGCGCCACCUGCCUUGCUGGAGGAGUCGCAGUGCGAGGAGGAGUCUGUGCAAUUGGUGGAUACAUGAGGGACACGACUAAGUUCCUGGAUGGAAACUACACUAACCUGGAGACUUUGGACGCGACUGGGCGUGUUUUGUUUUUCAAAGAGGGCAGGGGUUCCGGGGUAGAGAGGGAGGUGACUGGUGGAGGAGUGAUGGUAACUGCAGAGCAGCGUGGGGGUGCUAGUGGGGGAAGUGAUCGAGCUCCAAGCCCUGUGGUAUUUCCCGGGCUGCCACGGCGGAUAGCAGCUGGGGGCGUGGCCAGGUGGAAAAGGAGGAUUUAUGUGCUCGGUGGGGAAAACGGCUCACGGUUCUAUGACAGCGUGUACUGUUGGAAGCCUGGCUGGCGCAGCUGGGUCCAGAGGCGUGAAAAGCUGCCCGGGGAUACAGGAGGAGUUAGCCAGUUUGGGUGUACGACUCUAAAAUUCCCCAAGAAACAUAUCCUGUCCAGACUGAGACUAGCCAAAGAAAACUGCAAGAAGGCCAUUGAGUAGUUUGACAGGGACCAGUGUGAGUGAAGGGAAGGCAGCCAUUACUGUGACACAGAGGCAUGGUCCUGGCUGAGUUUUGAACUAUGAAGAAACUAUUUUGUACCAAUAGAGUGCAGCCACAGAGUAGUUUAAUAACGACCUGGAAAUUAAAAGAUCUUAUGACAUGUAUUUCGGAUUGUUAGAGCAAGUGGAGCCAGAAACUGGAUUUAAAUAGGCACAAAGCACCUAAAUCCACUAGCUGUCAUAACAGUGAAGUCGUCUAAGAGAAACAGCAGAGUAAUGUCAGCUUUUUGACGCGGUACAUUUUUUGGGGGCUUUUGGAGAAUCAUUUUUCAUGCUGUGAAGUUUGCGGCAGUUCAGUCAUAUUUGUGAUGACUGGCUUUGUAUCACUGAUUUGUCUGAACUGAAAGUUCAGGUUUUUUGACGUGAACUUUGUAUGAGGUACUGACACAUAGUCUGUCGGACUGCGCUGUGUGCAGGCGCACUCUAACUAAAAAACAUAGCUGCCAAUGUGGAUGUGAGCAUUGACACCUUUCCUAUUUACUCUGCAUUUACUAUUGUUUUCAGUUUUUUUGUAAAGCGAAAUAUUUGAAAAUUCAUGGAUAACAACUAUAUUUUUGCGUUCUUGCACGUAUACACACACACACACACACACACUACAAUAGCUAUAUACACACGGUGCUGAGAUUACACCCUGUGUAACUAGCAAAGAUUUGUGUUCACUUUCAUUUCAUUAUAGAUUGUUUAAGAGAUCACCAGAUGUGUUAUUUUGUCAUUUUCAGAUUUAUGAAGCUAAUAGCAGCUCCUUUGUCCUCGUGACAGUGAGUAGUUUACAGACUACAAACUGUUUCUAGUUAGUCACUUAUUGUGAGAUAAACUUAUUCUGUACGUAUCCAAGAUUUUAAUAAGUGAGCUUUUUGUUGAAGGUCUAAAAUCUUUUAUCUUUGUGUCCCCAUUGGCAGCCAUGCCUAGAGUGAGAGUGAGCAUCUGUCCACACUGAAUGAUUGAGCAGUGAACAUCUCACCUUUUGAUUGUGGAGCACAUUUUAACUUAUGAGAGUGUCUCAGGUGCAUCUCACACAAGCACACACCUGUUGCCUAUUGUUUUCCAAGGAAACACAUUUCACAACAAAACAUAUGGUAAAAAUUAUCUUUCGCCACAGUUUCCCCAUCUUCAUCCAGGUUUCAAAGUAAAAGCACAACAGCAAUUGAGUUCCACAGAGCUGUAUUGUGAAAUAUUUGCAGGCCUGAAGGAUGUGUGGCUUCAUACUGAAGAGUCCUAUAUAUAAAAAAAAAAAAGGAGACCCUAUAAAUGUGACCUACACACACUGCACACACAUCCAGUGUGUCUCCGCCCCCUGGGUCCUGGUGUAGGCGGCACCCGCAGCACAAGCAGCACUGAAUAUGUGUCGAUGCCUCAGAGACGUCAAUAAAGUUCCAGUUUUUUCA